UAUACUAAACAGCUUGGUUUCGUCGCUUCAACAUCAGCUAUGAAGGCCUGUGUUCUAUUUCUUGCAGUUGCCCUUGCAACCGCUCAGCGGUUCGACCAGAGACGUGAACUCACCACAGCCGUCAGACUUGCUGGUCCUGGAUUCUUCCAGCAAGGAGCCUCUUUAGCUGGUCGUUCUUCAUUCGACAACAACGACUUCGACCAGCAGACAAGAUCUUUCUCCACUUUCGACAACAACAACUUCCAGAACCAGAACAAUAAUUUCCUGACUACCUCUUUUGCUGGAGACAGGAACUUUGGAUCGUCCUUGUCUUUCCAGAACAAUAACCAGUUCCAGUCUGGAACAGCAUCUUUCCAGGGAAAUCAACAAAACCGAUUCGCUUCAUUGAAUUCCGGAAACCAGAAUCAGUUCCAGAACCGUCAAUUCCUGCAGAAUCAACAAAACACAUUUUCCUCCAACGAUUUUCAGCAAAAUAGGAAUAACCAGUUCCAGUCUCUCAGUUCCGUAAAUAAUUUCCCCCAGAACCGUUUCCAGGAUACUUUUAACCAGCAAAAUUCCCAGAACCAGUUCCAGAAUUCUUUUGACAGAGAAAACUCCAGGAAUAGGAUCACUUUGCUGGAUAAUGUCCAGCUAACUCCCUCUACUCGUUUCCAGAGUGCCUCUGGACAGCUGCAGUCUUCUGGAAUCUCCUUCCAGGCUGACAGAAACCAGCAGAACCAAUUCCAGCAGUCAAACCUUAACCAGAGAAACUUUGAAAGCAACUUCCGUUCAAAUAACAACAACCGAUUCUCCAGUGGAAGUCAGUCUCAGUCUGGCGCUCUCUUCCGAUCAGGUUCUUCUUCCAGCGAAUUUAAUGGAGAAUUUAACGGUGUUUUCGAACCCCUGAACCUUCCCUCUGGAGCCAGUGCUUUGCUUGGAAGCAUCUCCACUUCCUUCAGCUGUGCUGACAGACCUUAUGGAUACUACGCUGACCAGCAGAACUCGUGUCGUGUCUUCCACGUCUGCAAUCCUUAUCUGUUCUCCGAUGGACAAGUUCAGACUUACCAGUACAGCUUCAUGUGCGGCGAGGGCACCAUCUUUGACCAGAAUGAGAUGACCUGCAAGGCAGAGUUCGAGGCAACACCCUGUCAGGAGGCCCAGAACUUCUACUUCAGGAACGAACAAUUUGGUCGCCCAGAGGAAAAGUCUUUCUAAGUCUUUCAGAGAGUCUUUCCAAGUCUUUCUGAGGGGGUUUCUACGUCUUUCAACUCAUCCUGAAGCGAAUUUGAUCUCUCACGUGAAUCGAUGCCAAAUGGAAAUCAUCUUUCAGUAGAUGAAUCAUAAAAUAGAGAUGAUAUAUUGACCAGCAUUAACUUUAUUUAAAAAAUAUAUACAUUGUCUAU